AUGGCGCGGGGAUUCCCUGAGUGGGACAAACCCUGUGGAGUUUUCUGCACUAAUGUUCACCAAAGAGGUCCAUAUGAGCAUGGCAAAGAGAGACGUUCAGUGCCUUACCCCUGUUUCAUUUGCUUCACACUUCAGAAGGUUUCGAACUACCUCCCAUCCAUCAGCGCGGCCAUAAGUCUGACUCCAGAGUGCCACUUCUGCCGUUUCAGCAUCAGCCUACACGCUUAUUGGUGAAAAUGGCAUACUUUACCAUGGCAUUACCGUGGACGAUUUCCCAGGUGGCUGACAGCAUCUUCUGAGUGUCCUCAUAUUCCUCUUAGCCUCAGCGAGAAUGUAGGACUACUACUUCUCACCUAUGUCUCCUCCACUGAGACCUACAGUGUCCAUAAGAAUGGUUUCAUAUUUAUUGGGAGCUCUUUAUUACACAUGUUGUGCACCUGCAGGUUAUGGGCAGUGAUUGAGAGGUUUUCCCUUAGUGCUGAGGAGAUGAUCUCAUAUCAUCACAAGCACCGCCUUUUCCUCUUCAACAUAUGUAUCUGUCUUUUGGCUCUCUACUUCUUCAGUCGCCACAACAUGCACUGUGAACCAGGAAUUUAUACACUCUUUGCUGUGUGUGAGUAUCUGGUGGUGCUCUCCAACAUGGCCUUCCACAUGACCACCUACUGGGACUUUGGAGGUAAGGUGGUGAUGGUUGCAACACCUCCAGAGGGAAAACGCUUCUGACACAUCAUAUCCUUGGAAAUUGAGACACUAGGGCUUUGAUAGUAGUUCUCAUGCAUUUUAGGCCAAGACUGUUCAAUAAAAUUGUGUGUGUGUAGGAGAGAAAGAGAAUGUUUACAUUGUCACACACACAUUGUGUUUGACCUGAUUAAUUAAAAUAUUUAAAAAAGGGUUUUAAAGAUGAUUAUCAGUGAUCUUCCUGUAUUUAAAAUUAUUAUUAUUUUAUUAUUAGUCCAAUAUAUUGACUGUUUUUUUUUAGUCCUGUACAAUUUAAACUGCCUUUUACAGAAGCUGAAUUGCUUUUACUCAAAAUAGUAAAGUGGCAUAUCUGUCUCUUUCUGAUUGGUGUUCAGCAGCAAAGAGUUUGUUCACUAAACUUUGACUUUUAGUUCAUAGACUAUAAGGUGAAAAGUCUUAGACCGCCUGUUGAAGUUUGAAAUGUAAUUGAACUCCAGGAAAUGACAGUGGACUUCAAUUUCGAAUUUGUUGCUUUGCAGUUACUGUUUCACAAGUGCCAUAGCAACAGUAUAUAAAAAAAAACAAUUGUGCAUUUGCAGCCUGCAACAUAACACUGAGGCAAAAACCUUAGUCGAAAGACAUUUUUCUUCCUUUGUAAACGUUAGUGUAAAUCAUGUGAAAAGUAACUUUCACUGCUUUUUUGCACAGCAUUAAUGUAUAUUUGUAUUUAUUUAUAUGGUCAAAUAUAGUAAUAUUAAUGGUCAUAAAUAUGAAUAGUCCUUUUAUUUAUAUAUAUAUAUAUAUAUAUAUAUAUAUAUAUAUAUAUGAGUUGCUAUUACUUGAACGCAAGGACUGGAACGCUGCAAAUUAAUGACUCUUAUUUUGUAGAUUCUAAAAUAUUGAUUAACUAUGGCAUUUUUUCAUCAGUGCCCAAGUUGAGCACGAUAAACAAGACUGUAUAUAAUAAUACUCUUUAUGAUGUGCCAAAAUCUUGUUUUGAAAUUGGUGUCAUAAAUAUUUUGAUUUAAACUGACUAUAUGUAAUAAUUUCUCAAAGGGACAU